GUCAUGCCCUGUGGAGCCCCAUAAGGACCAAGAGAUCCAGAGGCAUCGGUCUGCUCAGGCUGCUCCUCUCCUGGGUUCAUGUCGUGUGCAAACCCCUGCUCCUAUGGAAGUCCAGAUGUGUCAGUCUAUACAGCCAUGCCAUGCAGAUCACCAAGGAGACCUGAGUGCUGGGCAGCUACUCAAAUGGAUGGACACAAUCGCCUGCCUCGCUGCUGAGCGUCAUGCUGGGAUGGCAUGUGUGACACUAUCCAUGGACGACAUCCAGUUUGAGGAGACUGGAAGGGUUGGUCAGGUGAUCACCAUCAAGUCUAAAGUCAACAGAGCGUUCACCACUAGCAUGGAGGUUGGAAUCCGUGUGUCAGUGCAGGAUGUGAGGGAACAUGUGGAGAGGUUGGUAUGUGUGGCCUACUCCACCUUUGUUGGAAAGCCAGCGGGACCACAGAAGGUGUUGUUGCGGCCAGUGGAGGAUCUGUGUUCUGCAGAGGAGGAGCUGCAGCAUUCUCUGGCCUCAGAGAGACGAAGACUUCGCCUUUACAAUGAACAGACCUUUAAUUCACUGUUACCAUCAAAGUCAUUCCAAAAGGCAGGUGUGUGUAGCAGGAGAGACCCGCUGUCUGCUGUGUCCACAGAGUUCACGCGUGUAGAGAGCAUCGAGCUGGUACUGCCUCCACAUGCUAAUCACCAUGGCAACACCUUCGGAGGACAGAUCAUGGCCUGGAUGGAGAACGCAGCCACAGUGGCAGCCAGUCGUCUGUGUGGCUGCUUCCCCUCUCUGAGGUCUGUAGACAUGUUCCGCUUCAGAGGUCCAUCCUCUGUAGGAGACAGACUGGUCUUUAAGGCUGUGGUCAACAACACAUUUAACAACAGUAUCGAGGUAGGUGUCCGAGUGGAGGCCUAUAACUGUGAGGAGUGGACCGCGAACAAACCGCGUCACAUCAACAGUGCCUUCCUCAUCUACCAGCUGGCUAACACACCUGGUGACGUACCUGCCUUCCCCCAAGUCACAUACACCACCCAGGACGGGGAGAGGAGAUAUCUGUCUGCCAUUGUCAGGAAGAGAAUACGCAUGGCUAGAAAGCACAUCCUGUCCUGUAAGGAGGAGGCUCCUCUCUCUGUCCCCUGGGAUAAAAGCAAUCAGGUGUAUCUGGGCUAUAACAACGUAGCAGCUCUGACUGUACUGGCUGGGAAACAAGACUGGGAAGCCAGCAGCAUCAGUGACAGAGUCGCUGUGUAUGUCCAUGAGGAGGUGGAGCUGCUUUGUGUCCAAGUUCAGAUGGAGGUCAUGACCUCUGCCCUCCAUGCCUUCACCUUACUGGCUGACCUCACGCUGCGACCUCUUUGGGACAAACACUACCUGAGCUGUGAGGAGGUGGAGAGGGCGGAUGAGGAAGAGACAGUAUAUCACAUUAAAUGCCCCCCCAUCAAUGGAGGCAAGAGCCGCGACUUUGUGUUCCUGCUAUCAAAGAGGCAGCCCUGCAAAGACGGUGACCCCUAUGUGGUGGCCCUGAGGUCUGUAACUGUGACAACAGUUCCCCCUGUGGAGGGUUUCCUCCGUAGCGAGGCCAAGUGUGCCGGUUUCCUCAUCCACAGCCUGGGACUCAACAGUUGCAAGGUGUGUUACUACAACCAGGUGACGUCAGGUGUUUUGCCAUAUGUAGCAGGUAACCUGGCAGGCUGGUCCAAGUCUAUGGAGGAGACGGCUAGCGCAUGUACCACCUUCCUGGAGAGAGACCUCAUCACUAGCAUCUUCUGACUCACACACUAAGCAUGAGUCUAUGAUGGUGAACUGACACAGCAGCACAGAUUCUAACAAUAUAGAAAUGUCCAUGGCUGCUAAUUACAGGUGUUACAUUUACAGUUACCCAAAAUGUAUUUGUGACGUUUAUGUAACAAUUCAGAGCAAAUUUAGCUCAUGUAUGUG